AUGAGGAGCCGCCUCGCUUCUCCUCCCGCGCGACAUCGCGUCCCCGUCGUUUUGUUUCUCCUCUUCACUCUGUUGUGGUUCUCCUACGGGCGGAAUGGAAAUGACACAAAGGCUUCCGGGAAAGAGAGCAGCUUCGCGGACAUGAUCGAUCGUGCCUUGCAGAAGGAGUUCCCGGAAAGCGAGCAGAAUGGGGGAGGUGCGUAGAUCUGUGCUCCAUUCAUCAUCAUUUUUCUCUUUUCCCGUCUUUGCCGACUCGUUCGGGUGUUCCAUUUCUUGCUACUGACCGUUAGAGUGAGCUGUACACAAUUAUUGUGUUCUAUAUUCCACUCGGUGUCCUUACACUCGGUUUGUUCUCGAAGAACGUUUCUUGGAAUGGGACUCCGUUUUGCUUUCGGAGGUCGAAGGGGAUCCUACUUGCGCAAUAGGUUGCCUUUUAUUCUUGCAAUUAAAGUCAUUGUCGAGUGUUUUGGUGACCGCAUCGGGUUGAAGAAAGAGCUUCUUAUGUUGGAUCCGACGCAUCCUGCCGAGCGAAGCAGUGUUUCAUUUUAGUCGGUGCCAUGGAUUCAACGUGCGACUGUAUCUCUGGAAAAACCGUUCGAUUGUGAACCACCCUCUUCCCUUUUCAUGUUCUAGUGUUGUGAUUUAUCAUUUUCAUUUCAAGAGAGUUCGCGCAUUCUCUUGAAUUUAACAUUUUGGCUGCUGAUUCUCACGUAGUAGGAGAAUACUCUUUCUCACUCCUGUAGAAUGCUGUUACAAUUUUCCUAGGUAUGUAUCAUUAGUGCUGUAUGGACAUUUUGGCUGCUGUAUGUAUCAUUGGUUCUUCUAUUUACUCGCAGAUUUUUUUUCCUUAUCAUCUUAAAUAAUGUUGUGUUUUCCGUCAUUGACAUCACAAAAGAGUUUGAUUGUUCUGCCAAACAUUGUAUUGUGAUAGCUGUUUCCAUGUAUUUCUCAGAAACUGAUGACGGAGACUUCAACAACAGUGUUGCUGGAAAUCAGGUUUUCUUUUAGAUCUUUUAUUCUCGAGUUGAUUAUCUUGUUCAUUUGAUCGGAGUAACUGUACAUAUAGGUUCAUCUGCAAAUUUCAAACUGUAUUUUAAGUUUUCGGAUUUUUUUGACCAUGACUCGACUGAUUGUGGCUUGACAUAUUGAGUGAAUGCGGUAGGAGGGUGUGCAAAGUUUUGGAGAAAUUUCUCACCUUCUGGGGACGGCUUUAAUGCUGUACAUAUAUAGAGUUCGAUCUCCUUCGAAGGAAUUCGAGUAACUGAAGAUAAUCCUGUUUAUCUAAAAAUUUAACUUCUCAUAAGUAUCUUAUUUUUUUGUUUCGGUUUUUUUAUUGGAUGUCCUGAUGCCCUAUUUUCUUUCGUCAUACUUAAUAUUCGCUGCUUUCUUGGGCGUGGAUAGUUUUUUAAAAAUAUUUCUCUGAUGACGAUUCAAAUUAAAUGUAAAACUUUCAUGUCUUUUGUUCUCCUCAGUGAUCAAUAACUAAGGUACCCUUUUUUUAGAGUAAAUAAUUUUCCAACAUUUUUGGUGCUUGUAGAAUAUAAUUAAAUUACUACGCAAAUAUCGUAAAUCAACUGGAGUUGCAAAUGGCACGAGUAUAUGGUUAUAGAAGCGUAUGUUAAUAAUUCUGAAAGCUUUCUCAAACAUUAGAUUUUUUUCACCAGGAAUCGUGGAGUUUCUGUUGGCGUUUGAAUUCUAUUGCUAAACACUUAUGGGUAUAAUUUUUUAUCUACGAGGAUAGUCUAAGUUCUGUCACCAAGAAGCUUUUACUUAGAAGUUAAAUCAUGUUCGUGAUCGUUUGAGAGACCAUUCCCAAUCUAUGGCAAAGCAAGGUUGGUGAUAAUUUAUGAAUUCCGAUGAUGCUGGAUAGAAAGUGAUUUCUUGGUUGGCCUUCAUGGAUAGCUUGACUUUCAGUUUUUUUUCUUUUGUUACUUCUUUCUUAUCCUCCGAUGCGUGACUCUCUCACCAUAUGUGCCAUGGUUUCUUCUGACACCUCUUACUUUUCAGUAAUAUAAGGUAUCUUUAUUCAUACAUUUUUCACCCAGCUUUCCCGGUAAUAAUAAUAUAACAUUAGUCACUUGUUUACCCAAAUGUACAAUGAGGAAUUUUCCACUAUGUUGGCAACGCAAAUAAGUUUCAUGUAUAUAUAAUCAUUUUAUUUACAGGGUAAUAAAAAAUGUGAUAAGCCUUAUUUUAUUCCAUGUCUGACUAAGGCUCUAUUUUUACAUCACAACUGUGACGUUGUGUGAUAGUUGGUUGGUUCACUAUUCAAUAACUAGUUAAGCAAUUGUGUUUUUGAUGACUCAUAGAUAACCGAACUUUGUCAUUCUUCAUCUCUGUUCAUCAAUCAUUUGGAAGGACAUGGUGAACCAUACAUUUACGGCGUUUUUUAAAAAGAUAUUUCAUUACUUGACCUCAAGAUGUUUCAUUUGUUAUUUUGAUGCUCAGAUACAAAACUAUUUAGAUGGGAUAUUAGAUAACGUUACAUUAAGCAAUAUAUUUCCUUUGUUUUCUAGAAAACUAUGAUUUGAGGGACAAAGUCUGUUUUUUCCUAAAAAAAUGAUCUGAAUCAGCGGGAAAAGCAUGAAGUAAUAAGAUGGCUGGCAAAGACAAAUUCUCAAUGUACUGAUAAACUUCUUAUUGUGAAUUUUUUUCUAAAGUCUUCACGUUUUUUUUGUUUAUCUUAAAUCUGAAAGUUCAAGUCCUUAAGCAAAUAAUGAGCUUACCCAUUAGCAAAUAUCGUGAUGCCAUUGAUGGAUAAUCUUUUAGGAGAGUCAUUAAAUGCAACAUGGUGCACCAAGAUUGGGUGAUUUUGCACCGUUCUCAUUCUGUAAAGCGUUUGGAAUGAUCUCUCCUUAUGACCUAUGCAUAUUGAUAGUAAUAUGCAUCUAUACGUUCUGUUUAGUUUUGUUCCAUUUAUUUUUACUCUUUAAAGGGUUGGCUCUUGUUCCUUAUCCUCUAAGAAAUGAAUACAGGCAUAUAUCCCUGCUCCUAGGAAAACCGAUGUUAACAUAAUAUGCGUCAAUGCCAGACUCUUUGCAUUCCUACUGUGCACUGGAAAACAAAUUACAGAUGUAAAAGUUUCUCCUUUAUUUUCUGUUAUUAUACCCCAGCAUAUUUAUCUCAGUGCUUUCUUUUCACCAGGCAGUCCUUGAAACUGUAGCCAGAGUCAAGUCAAAUAAAAAUGACACAAAGGAGAAGUAUGCAAUCUCUACUUUAUUUGGUAACUGGCAUUUAUAAAUUAUUUGUUUUUUUUUUUUCAACAAAGCUGAAAGUCAGAAUGCUCUAGUUCUAAAUUAAUACUGCCUAUGUGAAUUUAUGAGUCCUGUUCACAUCUUCAUUUUCAGGUCAUUUCAGUUUCAUGACGUUUUCAAUUUGGACCAUGAGAAUCAUGGAGAGGACAUGCCUACUUUAAUUGAUCGGAAAGUAUGACUCGCUAUACUCUGAGAUUCUUGAUUCUAUUAGAGUCCAUUGCAGUGAAAUUCCACCUGCCUUUGUUUCGUUGUCUGUAAUUUCAGGAUAAUGUUUUCGUUAUAUCAAAUCCCAAAUCAAAAUACCCUGUGCUGCAGCUGGAUCUUAGGUACUCAUUACUAUUUUUUGUGAGAUAUUCUCAUAUAAUUUAUCUUCUUUGUUUGAUCUUUGUUUAUUGUUUAUUGCAGGUUGAUCUCUGAUCUUGUAGUAGUCAUUGUCUCUGCAGCUUGUGGUGGAAUUGCUUUUGCUUGUGUUGGACAACCGGUUUGUGCCCCAUUUCUUUCACCUAUGUCUAAAAAUGGAAUAUAAAUUCCAUGCGCAUAUAGUUUUUAUUAUUGAGAAAAGAUAAAUUCUACCAGCAUAUUUUUCCGCUUGCCUUAAAUCGUCUGCUUUCAAUUUUGCAAAUUUUUUAAAGGAAAAGUAGAUCUGUUAAGCUAAUAACUUGAUGCAGGUUAUUACUGGAUAUUUGCUGGCUGGAUCUGUUAUUGGUCCUGGAGGUUUGAAAUUUGUCAGUGAGUUGGUUCAAGUAAGGCGCUCUCCAUUGCCAAAAAUGCUUUCAUAAACUAAAACAUAGCCUCAGUGAAGAGUUUUUUUUUUCAAUGUAUCUUAUUAUAUAAUAUCUCGGAAGGCUAAUUUCAUGCGUUCAGCUUGUGGGUAUAAAAAUGUAGUCUCUGAAGGUUAAUGCCACGUGAUCAAUAUAUUUAACCUAACUUGUCUGUACAGAACUAAAAUUCUUUGAGCAUCCCUAAAGCAUGUACUCGUUUUGUUCAUUCUUUAUUUAUCUCAGAAAAAGUAUUUGAGAAUAGUCUUUUCCAGUAAUGAGCAAACAGUCUGUCAACAUGCAAAUAUCAUGCGAUAAUCCAUGCACUUGUCAAACCAAUGAUUAGUUACAACUUAUGAGGAUUGAUAGGAUUGUUUUCCACUCCACUUUAAAAAAAUCGACUUACGGCCUUCACCUGUGGUACAAAUAAAUGGAUCUUGUAGAUGUGUUUGUUUCGCAUAUCAGCUGUGGAGCUCUCUUGAUAACACACAUAUUUCAGGAAAAUAUGUUGGAAGGGAAUAGGUUUAAAUCUUGUUUUAGAUAGAAAACAGAGAUAUGGUAUGAACCGAGAAAAAACAGGUAUACAGAGAUAUGAUAGAAAAUAUGUUGGUUGUACAGCCCUUUUGCUAUUUUUUAUCGCAAGGAAUUGUCGACUAUAACUCCGAAAUCUCUAUUCUAUGGUACUUAUUCUUUUUCCUUAUCUUCUAUCAUGCAAAAAGGACUCUUCUCAAGACUUUAAUUGUCUUAACUACAAACUUUUAGGUUCAGAUCGGGAAAGUACGAGGAGCCCUCGUCUCCUAUUUAAUUCUAGGUUAUCAGUCUCUGAAAAAAUUCUAGGUUGAGAAUUUAAUUUAUUAAGCAAGUAAGAGUCUUAGAUUGACGCAUUAAGUCAGAUUCACAUUUCAUUAGGUAAUAUACAACUUAAGCAAUACAUAGUUACGAACUAAACACUCUGAAAUAGGAUAGUGCCAGGCUAUGCCAGUCCAAUCUGCAUGAGUCAGCCAAAAGACUGUAGUAGGUGAACUUUGAGCUUAGAACCUUUCUAAAAGAUAGCUUUGCUUAUCUCUUUAAUGUUAACAGCUGCAAUGAGACUUUUAUGAAUUAUGAUGCCGUUGUAAAUUUGAUAUCUUGAUUUGCUUUUGAUAGGUCGAGACAGUUGCACAAUUUGGUGUCAUUUUUCUUCUUUUUGCAUUGGGACUGGAAUUCUCUACUGCUAAGGUCUGAUGAGCUCAGUCUGACCCUCCCCCCCCCCCUCUCUCUCUCUCUCUCUUUUCAUGCAAACAUUCUUGUCUUCCAGUUUUUCUUUUCUAUAUUUUACGUUCAUUCCAAUUUCCAACAUUAUUCUGAUUAAUGCAUACUAUUCACCCAAAUUCCCUUUUUGGAACAUAGCAUUUGAGAUGCUUUAUUUUCAUCGAAAAAAUUGUGACUUUUAGUCUCGUUGUGUGCAGCUUCGGGUUGUUCGAGCUGUUGCAGUCCUAGGUGGCCUGCUCCAAAUUUUUCUUUUUAUUUGCAUGUGUGGGAUAAUCGCAUCUGUACGUUUUUCCAUCUGGUGACCAAAAUGUCGUUUGGAACUUUUGUUAAAGCUUAAAACUUGAUCAUUCAAUUUAGCUGAACUUGGAAAUACGGAAAGAUACUAGUCAUAUAUACGGAAAUAACUGAACUUACCGAAGGAUGUUUUUCGUGCUGAUAAACAUGCUAAGUUGAGUCACCUGGAUGAAUCUCCUCCCCCUAUCCCUAUCGAUUAAAGUGAGGAGAUUCCAGCUUGCUUGCUUCCAGCAUUAACGGCUCUUAUUCACGAGGAAUUGUAUUUUUGGCGACUGCUUGACGUUAAUGAUAUGUCAAAAAGUAUACUAGUUUACGAACACAGUUGUUAGGAGUCAUUUAUUAUUUCUUUCUGCGUGAGAAAGAAAGCAUUAUUUUUUCCUAUCAGAUACCAUGUCGUUAUGUCAUCUGGAUAAAAUGCACACUUAACUUUUUUUUUGACAGUGGGUGGUCCCGCACUUUCAUUAUGAUCAAAAUUGUGAGGUUUUUAUGGGAGAUCUCUUCAGAAAGUGUAGUCACUUGCUUUUAGUGAUUUUUUUGUGAUUCAUUAUGUCUUUCGUAAAACCAUAUGACUGGCAGCUUGUGUGAGCUUUUCGUCAGUGGUUGGACGAAAUUGAGAUAAAAAAGACCCAGUUGUCAGAAAAUGUUAUUUCUUUUAACCUCGUUUCUGUCAGAUAUAUGUGCAUGUUGAGGAUAUUGUCUAUCCUUGUGAUACACAGUUUUUUCCCGCUUUUUACUCUGUGAAUAAUCCGCGUAUCUUGCCAUGGAUGCCACUCCUGUAGUUUGGAUCUGCAGCCUUGGAAGUACUGUCUCUAGUGCAUGGAAAAAUAUUUUCUGUACUGUUGUUUUGCUGUUUUCCUUAUUGCGGUUAACUUGUCUGGUUGUUGUGGCUUUUAUUCUGCAGUUGUGUGGUGGUAAACUUUCUGAGGGUCUUUUCGUUGGUGCAUUGCUUUCAAUGUCUUCGACAGCUGUGGUACUUUUCUCAUUUUAUAAUUAGUAAUCCAUAUACUAGUAAGAUGAGUUGUUAGCUUUGGUCUAUUUUAUAUUAUUCAAUUAAUAACAAUAAAUUCAUGUUUAAGCUUGUAUUAUGGGGGAAGAAGGUUUUGAUUUUUGGCAGGGGGUUGUGGUUUCGAUUAUCUGAGAUGACAAUUCUCAGUCUUGUAGUGGGUCAUAAAAGAAUGGGGGAAGACUAUGCACUGACGACUUGAAGUGACAUAAUGUUUCUGUUGUGUAGCCAGUAUAACAACAUUAUCUAUGACACUGGAGUUUUGUUAUAUGGUGCUUCCUUUGUUUGCACCACAAUUACGUCUUAUACCGUGUUGUGUUGCAUUUUCUUCCUUAUAUUAUCUUAUUUAUCAGUGCAUUUGUUCCGAAAUUCUUAAAAUAACAUUUACAUUUUGGAUUCUCUCUUCUCUUUCUCUUUCCCUCAGAUUUUAAAACAAAGAAAUGUUGUAGCAAUAACACUUACCAAAGCGCUGCUCUUUCCUCAAUAUAAUUUUAGUUUUCCCUGUGAUAAUGCUUUGCAUUUUGGCGUGUUUGAAACUCUCUUACGUUAUGUUGUUGUGGGUUUUGUUUUCUCAGAGCAUACUGAUUACUUUUUAUCCUCCCUGUCUAAGGACUUUGUGAGGUGCUGUCUGGGUUGUGUUAGCCUUCGUUGUGUUGGAAAAAUGGAUGGUUGGGUGUGGGUCUAGUGUCCAUAGCAGUUUUCUUAUGGGUGGUGGUAAGAUAUUUUCUUAUCUUCACGGGUGUGCCUUCCUAGAGUUGCCUUGGCCUGAAUGGGCGGUAGUCACCAUGACUAUGGAUCGGAAGGUUCCGGGAGGACUCUGCCUCUAAUAACACAGAAGACUAAGUUUUCUCCCUUUUUGAGGGGGGUGGAAAAGCGAUAGACAGAAUUUGAGUUAAACCAGAAAUCGGAUAUUCCACUAUUUCUCUGCUGGGCAAAAUUUCAUGCCUAUUUGACAAUGGGUAUCAGUUGCCUCACUUUUAAUGGGUGGAUAUUCAAAAUUUUUAAUUAUUCGACAAGCAGUGCAGUAUUAUCAAUUUUUAAAAAAAAUAGAAGUACAGAUUUUUUGAGAUGAGAUUAGAUUUUUCGGCUUCAUUAACCUAUUGUCCUUGAAUAUGAAGUUACAAGCAUUUUUAGGUGCACAUUUUUAAUGAAAUCACCUUCAUAAGAAACUGAAUAUUACCCCCCUAUUAUGCAGGUUUUGAAGUUUCUAAUGGAAAGCAAUAGUAUUAGUGCUCUUCAUGGUCAGGUUACGGUUGGUACACUUAUACUCCAGGUGCUCAUUUACCUACCAAACAGCCUUUCUAUUUUGAAGGAAAAAUUGCCAUUAUUGUUACUAUUCAUAUACUGCACAUGAUGAACAAUACACUCUAUAAGAUCUAAUUGGUCUUAGACUUGGAUAUGCACCUCAAUGGGAACACACGAGUCACAAUGUUUUUCUUUACAGGAUUGUGCGGUUGGUUUGCUCUUUGUAUUGCUUCCUGUUCUGGGUGGCACCUCAGAUAUUCUUCAAGGAGUGAUUUCCAUGGCCAAAUUGUAAUCUACUACACUUGAUUCUCCUUUGGAAAGGUUGAUAAUGCUGUAUACUUUCUCUAGCUUACAAUCUAACAUUUGCAUACUUUAUGUGAAUAACUGACCAACAAAGUAUGGAUUCUAGAAGGAUUUCUCAUCAGUCUUUAAAUGGAUGGUAGACGACUGCACAUAUUUUAAAAUUAUGGGAAUCUUUCUCUCCCGUGUUACUUUUACGGUCUUACAACAAAAACUCUAUUGGCACAUAUUAUCUUUUUUAAUGUGAAGUCACGUCGUGCUGUAUUUGGCCAAUUAAAACUAAACUGCAAUUCACUGUGCUUUAUUUUCUUUUGACAAGGUUGGUCGUGCUGUGUACAUUCUUGGGUUUUCUAUCAAUAUUGACUCGUACUUGUGUCCCAUGGUUCCUCAAGCUUAUGAUAAAUCUUUCAUCUCAGGUAUUACUAUGCUUUAACUUUUAUCCAAAAAAGGUAAAAGAUCGAGCUUAGUUAUAUAGCAGUAUCCGUUGCUUGCAUCAAAUUCCUUAAAAAGGUUUCAUGUCCUUUAAUUUUUUUUACUUUGGCCAAUUGAUAUCAACACUUUUUCUUUUGGUGCAGACAAAUGAACUUUAUCAGUUGGCUUCGGUGGCAUUCUGUUUACUUGUUGCUUGGGUGUGUCCUAAAUCAUUCUCGUUUUCAUUUGGCCGAAGUAUAUAUGAUUUUCCUCUUAUACUAGCUGCUGUGUCGUUGACUAUUAUAGAAAUGAUCAUUAUAAUAUCCUGACUUUGAAUGAGAACGGGUGCAUUAGACAUCCUUGAUUUCUUAUAACGUUUGGAGAACAGAAUCACGGUAAUUUCGAAGUAUCCUCAAGAAGUUUUUCAUCGACAUGCAAUGAAUCCUUAUGGCUCAUACUUUUGACCGUCUGUGUUAGUUUGAUGUAAUCGCAAAUCAAGUUCUUGAAUUGACCGUCUUAUAUUUAUUUGAAUUAUAAAACAGAGUUAAUUUUAUAGUCAAACGGAGCAUUCUAGUGUGUUGAAAUGCUUAUAUUUCAGUUGGUCUAUCUUCUCUUUUAAAGCUUUAGAAUAUGGUUCUGUUUUGACAUAUUAUAACCGGCAAUAGUCCAGUGCCUUAUUUGUGAAUUCAGUUACAUUAAUAUUCUAUCCCAAAAACUACACGAUAAAUUCACAAAAUUUCUGCAACAUUGCUGUUGUCUUGACACAGUUAGUAAAGUUAUGCUUGCUGUUAUUUUGUGACAUCUUAGUUACAACUAGUGAUGUGUCCGGUAAGAUGUGUUCCUGAGUUCCACAUGCAUCAUCUUUGACUUAAAGAUCAGUUGACUCUUUUAACUGUUAACCAACGUCAAAGGAAUUUACUAUUUCAUCAAUGGUAAAAGAUCCUUUUGUUCAGAUUUUCAACUAAUUACUCUGCACUUGUCGAAAUUCUCAAGGUGCUGGGUCGUCCUUCAAGUAUAUGCUGUGCCUCUUAAGUUUAUAAUUGAUGCCUUCAGUUUUGAAACAUCCUCUCUAAACAUGAUUUUUUAAAGUAGUUAUCUUUUGUGAUUCCAGUGUGGCGAUAAAUUGGGUUUGAGUCUUGAACUGGGUUCAUUUGCUGCGGGGGUAAUGAUCUCAACUACUGAUCUUUCACAACAUACCCUUGAGCAGGUAAUUUUUAUUUCUGUGCCCAUCUCUCCUAAAUGCAAUCUUUCGUGUACCAUCGAUCAAUAUCUACUUUCAUAUGUUUGAUAGAAAUCUGGACGCAAAUAUUUUCUUCUUGAAAAUAAUAUAUUUUAUCUGGCCAUUUCGUAACUUACAACAUGUGUUACUUUCACUGCCAAAAUUCGGGUGCAAUGUUUGGUCGUAAAUGAUGUAGGAUAUGUAAAGUUUUUUAACCUAAUAUAUCUCAUAAUUUGACUUUAAGAAAUUGAUGAAAUUACAGGCGUAUAAUUCAUAAAUGGAGGGGUAUUGCACUUUGACCUGGGAUCUAGCGGAAAUUAUGUUCAUAUUUUUUUUAGUUUAUUCAACUUAAAAUAUUUUAGUACAUUUUUGUAUGAGCAUUUAUUCAUAUUGUUGAGAGAUCUCGAUUAUGUUGGGUAUUGAUUCGAUACCGGACAUAGAUGAUGGAGGCUAUUUAAUUUAUUUUUCCCUUAUUUCAUUUAUACUGCUUAUUAACUUGAUAUAAUUGGGGUACAUUAAGCGCACCGUCUUUAUAGAUAUACCACAAUGACAUUUGUGCAGAGAAAGAGACUAUUCCCGUUCUGCCAUUUCUCCUUCAUUCUUAUUUUAACUUCAAAAUUCUUCUCAUAUAUCAAUCUUUCUCUGUUUCUUCUUUUUCUUUUACGUUAGUUUAAUACACCGGCCAUCCGCGUGACAAUUUAAGAAUUUUAUCUGUGAAAUCCUGGGUGGACAAUAUGGUUUGGAAGAAUGUUCGGGUGAAAAAAAGUGAUAUUAGUUCACGUAGGGUGUCAAUGUGCUGGGUUAGCUUGGGGACAACAGUGUGAACCCUUUCUUAAGGGGGGCUUGAGCAUCAAAGCAAGCUCAGAAGGAAACUCUGUUUGUUUCUUUCCUUUUUAUAAAAAGUUAUCUUGCUAAACCCCUUCAAUUUGACGUAUGAAUUUUGUGAAUAUCCUUUACUGGGACCAUGGCCCUUUGACUUGCGAUAAUCGGACUAGGAGACAGAUGUGUAUGUGGCCUCUUUAACUCCGUGCGAAACUACAACACGUGGCCUGUAGCCUGAAACAUCAUUAAUAACUUGGGUAGAUGUGUAGACUGACUAGGUAGCCAUCUAGAAAAACUACAAAAUUAUAUCAUUUGAGUUAAAGACUGUAUCCAAACGUGAAAGAGUUCCGUAUAAACAAAAAUUAUCCCGUCGUUUACAACAGGGUCUGUAAAAGAAAAUAUUAAACUCGAAUCCAUAAUCUUAUUCUCAAGACUGUAUAGUUCUUGAAUCAGGUGCGACAUUGCUUGGUCUUAGUCUUAUAGAAGAUUUUUUUGAAAUGUUUCCAUUGUUUGGCGUUACUACACAAGAGUCUUACCUUGUUUAAGCCAAUAAUUUAAAACUGGUUGUAAGGGGGGCUCCAUUUGUCUAGGCUGGCCCAGUGUUGCCAUGGUUAGGCUGCUCUACGUGUGUCUCUAACAUCAAAAAAUAAUGUGAAGAAAUGAAAUAUCUUCACCUGGCGGUGCUCUGCCGUGUUCAGUAAAGGUAAUACGACAUGCAGCACAUAUAUCUAAAGGUUCUUCUUCCUUGUCUCUCCACUGACCUAACUUGGAGGUUUGCUGUCUUCUUCCUCGAUGGCAUAUCAUCUCACCGACAAUAGUCUGUCUCCUCCUCGCUUCCCCCAUCAUUUAAGGUCUGCUGCCUUUGCUACCCACGCACAGUCAUCUUUCUUCUCUCGUCAUCCAAGGUCAUCCUCCUACAUCCUUUCUCCAUCAUCUUUCUCCUCAUCACCCAAAGUUCUCCAUUAUUAUUCUCCCUCAUCCAACACUCCCUCAUCUCAGGCUUGCCACAUGCCCACUCCCCUCGUUUCCUCCCCCAUCACUCAGGGCCAGGUCUCUACUCCCUCUGUACUCUGUAAUUUCCCUUUUGUUUUUAUUGCGGUGGACUUCAAGAUAUCUUCAUCGAUGGCGCAGUGAGUCAUGCAAUGUUUUUGUUUCAAGUGGAGUAUUCUGGCCCUGAGAUUUGUACUGGAGGGGAAUACCAAGAUGUUGUGGUAUGAGAAACCAUGAGAUAAGGGCCCAAUUUUGGCAGUUGUUAUCGUGUUAAGUGGGAUAGUUGGCCACAGCUUCGAAGGUUACCAUAUUUUGUUCACCUUUAUGCAAUGUUUUGUUGAUUUUGUACUCUUUGUUAUGCAUUAUCAUGUUUAAAUCUUUAUUUCCUGCUUCCCAUUUUCUAGCACUUUAGCUUUUAUUUUUAAGUUAUUGUUCAAACCAUGGUAUGUACUCAUAUUGGUUGUUUCUUUUCUGCAGAUUGAACCCAUUCGUAACUUAUUUGCUGCUCUUUUCCUUGCUUGCGUUGGAAUGCUAAUACAUGUUCAUUUCCUUUGGAACCACGUGGAUAUCUUACUUGCUGCUGUUAUUUUGGUGAUCAUUACCAAGACGAUAGUGACUGCUACUGUUGUCAAGUGCUUUGGCUAUACGAAUAAGACCUCACUCCGGGCAAGUCUUUUGUCUGUUCUUCGCAUAUUCCAUUUCACUGUGCAUUAUGUUUCGUCAGAUUUUGAGUCUUCUGCUGCAUUCCUGCAGGUUGGCAUGUCUCUGGCACAGAUUGGGGAAUUCGCAUUUGUUCUUCUCAGUCGUGCGUCAAAUCUACAUUUGAUUGAGGUAGAGGAGCAUUUCGAAAAAAAUCGCCUUUUUCUUAUCAGAUAUAUGGUUGAGGGUUGUAGAACUUUGUAUACUAUAAAUGGUGUCGAACCACAAUACCAUUUAUCAUUUGCAGCAUCAGAGUGACAGACGCGGGGAUUUAGCCAACUGUUGACAUCCUCCUCCCUCUCAGAGACUCUUAAAGCAUACAGAAUCUUGUUAGCCUUGCCACCAAACCAUAGGGUUCUUCAAUGCUAGCAUGCGAAUCCAUGCAGUGACUAAAGAUGAUAUACGUCAAUGUUGACGUCAGAUUGUUUCCCGUGAGAUGUUCAUGCAAUUUCAUCUUUAAAGCAUGUUAAAAUAUGCAUGGGUAUUUUCUUUCUAUGAUCCACAUUUCUCAUUUGACCACUUGACUAACUGUCUUGAUGUUUGGCCAGGGAAAACUCUACCUCCUGCUUCUUGGCACAACAGCACUUAGCCUGGUAUCUCAUAAACCCCUUCUUCCCUGUGUUCAUCCACGCUUCAUUUUACUUCUAGUAACGACACAUGGUAGACUGAAAGCGAUCAGAGCGACUAAUACUCAAGGAUAAUGCCGGAAGGAAGUAUUGAUAAUAACUCGUUUUAUUCACUCGUUCAUGUCUUUCAGAGAUCGCCUUUUACUGUUGAAAUUUGGUAGAAAUGCACGAUUUUUUUUCCCUUUAAUUAGAAGCAAUAUCUAGCACAAAAAUAGUGAGAAUCUCCGAUGGACGAAGUUCCUUGAGAAUUCACAUUUUUUUCUCUAUCCCUUCCCCGUUAUAUAAAGUCGGCGUUGGGUGACAUCUCUGCCUGCUCGUUUGAUUUGGAGAUAUCUCAUCAAGCAUCAAAAUUCUGCAGGUGACCACUCCUCUACUCUUUAAGUUGAUUCCUACCGUCGUUCAUCUUGGAGUACUGCUGCAGUGGUUCCCCCCCGACAGAGCCCAGCUUGAGGUAAUGCUUCCAUUCCAUCUCAUCAGCACACUUGCUGCCAAUGUCUAGAGAGGAUCACGAUUCCGCGAGGACGGUGCUCGACGAAUACACCACUUCGAUUGA